AUGAAGACAAAUACUUCGAGAACAACUCUCAGAUUCAUCGAGAAACCGAAAAUACCAAACCGACCAGAUCCACAAACGUCAGCAGACUCCAAUCCAACACCAAAGAUGUGCAACCCGGUCAUCUACCUCUGCCAGCACCUUCCCACCGUCGUAAGCCCUACUCCCUGGCUUAGCUGCUCCUCCCACCCUGCCCAGUACCAAAGCAACAGAAUCAUUCCUAUGAGUUUUUUCUGUAAACCUGCGCCAGGAACCAUCGUUGUGCGACGUCCACCCGUUAAAAUAUUUUGUCAGCGAUGUCGUGAUAAGUGGAGACUAGGAGGAUUCUAUGAGAUAGAAGCUACGGCAAGUAUUGCGAGGGUGGAUAGAGCGUUGGCGGGAACAGAAUUUCGGUUGACGAGAGAAGAAAUUCAAGAGGGCUUGAGGAAGGCAGAUGAGUUAUUUAGACGUGAGGGAUUUUGA